ACUGUAAAUGGUGGCAACAUCGUCAUGAAAAAUAAAAGAGAAUAUAGACUGGUUAACGUGGCUCCAGUGAGGUAUUACCACGCGUCACCACAUGAAGCAAGAUCUUUUUUUGUUUAUCACUGAUAAGUAAUUGAGUGAGCCACUGACGCCACAUAUACACUGCCUCCCACUACUGCCACUGAUCAGCUGAUUCGUCAGGUAAAUGUCAAAGCUGGAGUUUAAGGAUUAUAUAACAGUACUGUUCAAGGACCCCAAUGAAAAUAAGUUACUCGACAAUUUUGGGGGGGUGGGUUAUUCUAAGUAAUUUUCACAUAUGUUCCUGUGUAAGACUUAUAAUCAUCCAAAAUUGUACCUAAACAAACUUAAGGUAUAUCAGUCUUACUGUCAUAUAUGCAACAAACACAUGGAGGUGAGAGUACACAGCAUGAGCAGAAUGUUUACUUCUAACCACCAGCCAAAGCACCACCUUCUGCAAAUGUUUUUCUGCCAGCUUAAGUAGUCCCCACUGUCGAAGACUGUGUUUGCACUAUCAUUGGACAUUAUAAACACUGAGGUAAAAUGGAUAUCUCAGAAUUGGUACCUCUUAACAGUGAGAAGGAAAUAACUAAGCAGUGGCUGGGAAAGCUUCUCUCACAAAAAUUUUGCUCUUCAGUUACUCCUCUCUCAUGGCAAUGUGUGUUACCAACUGUAUGUGAAGGAUUUUUAAGUGAUAUUGCCUAUGUAAGAGUGAGGUAUAAAAGUGAAUGUUUGGAAGAAGCAGAAAUUCAACUAGUGUUCAAGUUUCUCCCUCAACUUGAAGCAAGAAGGAAGUUUAUGUUGGAUGGAGGCUUUGCAGAACGUGAAGUAAAAUUCUAUGAGAUAACUAGAAACCCAGAAUAUCAGAGGAUUUGCCUCAAGAGUGGAAUGGUCUUGCCAAUUCCUGAAUGCUACUUCGCUACCUAUGCACAGGACUGUGCAACCAUCGUGAUGAAUAAUUUGAAAGCUGAAAAUCACAAAACAGUGAUUAUAAAAGAGGGCAGUACAUUUGCUCAGACUAAAGCAGCACUCAAGGCUAUUGCUUUUAUACAUGCCACUGGAUACAUUUUUUUGGCACACAAUGCAGACAGAAAAAAUCUUGGAGAAAUUACUAAACCACUCGACACAGAUGUUCUUGACCAGUUUUUCAUUCCCAACCUUAAAACACUUGUGGAGAUGUAUGAAGGUACUCCAACUUCAGAGUCCUUUAAAGCUUUAAUACCCGCAACCAAAUCUAUUUAUAGUUACCCACUGAAGUAUCCGCUUCUUAACACAAUUAUUCACGGGGAUUUUUGGGCAGGCCAACUUCUAUUUUCUGAUGAUGAAAGUAAUGCCAUAGUUAUAGAUUGGCAGUUUUGCAAUAUUGGUAACCCAGUUGGUGAUAUAAUGUCCAUGUUUUUUAUGAGCAGUGAUAUUGAAGUUUUAGACAAUCAUUUAGAAGAGGUGCUAAAAGAAUACUGGUUCAUAUUCACUAACGUUCUCAAAGCUAAUGGAACUGAAGCUGGUAUCACUUUUGAGCAACUAGUUGAUAAUGUAGAGGAACUCUGGGUAUGUGGUUUCAUUAUUCUUGCAUGCAGCAUUCAUGAUUUCCUUCCUGGUGGAAACCUAACUCAUGAAAGACUAAGAAGAGCCAUUAAGUUUUUGGAGGAUAGAGGAAUGUUUACAAAGCUCAUAGAUGAUAUAAACUGUAAACAUGGAUAAAUUUAGUACAGUAUAGGUACAAUAUUUUAAAUGGAAGAAUGAGGAUAUGGUAGUUAAAUCAUACAGCAUGCAACAAAUUCAAAAACUAAUAUUCUGAUGCGAGCGUGAAUAGAAACCUAUAAAAUGUUUUAUGUCUUUAGGUUCUCCUUAUGAGCAUGUAAAAUGGCAGGUAAAGCUUACUAGCUUCUAUGUAAGGCCUGCUCUGAAACGGGCAAGAGGUCAAUUAAACUUAUGACCAAUUGACAAUUAAUGUCUCUUAGACAUUAAAUUGCAAUAUAAAUAGACAGUGGUUGAGGCAAUUUCAUUUAUACCAUAAAGUAAUAUAUCCUUAUCAGUCAGUAAUCAAACAUAUGGAGAACUUUUUUAUAGUUUGAAGUGUAGUAUGCUAAAAGUACCUAUUUACAUGGCAGGUUCAUAAAAAUUGCUAGCACCUUUUGUUAAUAGAUAUUAGAUUUUAAGUACUGGCAGUAAGAUAAAAAAAAAGUACAAUGUAUAUACAGCUGAGUUACUCCAGAAAUGUGACUGUAAUUGCUUACAGCAUUAUGAAACAGUCUAAUAUUAUGGAUGGUUAUAUUGUAUACUAAAGGAACUGAGAAGCAAUCUUUAUGUUUCAAAGCUUUAUGACUCCAGUUAGAGGAAAUAUUGCUGGUAUUAUAUAAAAUAUUUACGUUGAGACCUUUUACAUCAUUUUAAAUAAUGUAUUAAUGUAAAACAUGCAGUGCAGUAACAUAAUUGACGAUGUAGAGCAGAAGCACAAAAUAAGGAAACAGAUAAUAGUUGUAUCAUAUAUCAAGCCAAAUCGCUGUGACUGCCUCUAAACCCACAUACAGUACAAAUAUUUUCAAUCAUACCUCAGUAACAAACAACAGUAUAUAGCCAUAAAUGGCACCUCUUUUUAGUACACAAUGAAUUUAGUGUCCCUGAAGGUAGCAUUCUAGGUCCAGAUCAAUGAUAUGCCCACUGCCAUUCAAGAUCUCAAACCUAUACUGUUUGAUGUUGAUGCAGUUUUUAUAUUAUCAGGCCAAGACUUAUUGCAAUACAUUACAGUCACAGCACAAUCUUUAUUUCAAUAUAAUAUACAUGGGAAUUACAAUGAAUAAUUUAACAGUUUGCUUGUGCACAGAUUUAGUCCAAUCUUUUAUGUUCAAAGUUAUGUCAUCACCCACUCAAAGGCAGUUAUCAGAAUCAUCACAUUAAAGUUUUUAAGCUACCACUGUAAAUGUGAAUGCUGUUCAUACAUACUACUGUUCACUCUAUAGUUUUAGAACUGCACUGUAAUGCUGAUGCUGACCUGAAAUAUUUCUUGGAAAUUUGUAACACAAAACAUAGGCUUACACACUAGAAAUACCGUUAAAUAGGCUACAAUACUUUUUUUUAUGUCUUUUGUUAGUUUGAACAAUUACAGAAAUUCUAUGCCAAUUGAAGGAUUAAAAUGUAGAAUAAGUAUCUGAUGAAUAAAAAAAUUGUAACAUACUGUACUUGAGGAAUUCAAAUCAAACCUAAAAUAAAUAUGUACUGUUUCUUUAAAUACAUAGUUGAAUCGUGAAAUUUAUGGAAUUAACCAAAAUGAAUUUCUUCGACUAUAAUUUUUUUUUUUUUAUAAAGUUACAGCGUUACAUUCUACUGCUAUCUUGUUAAUACACCAUGUAUCCUUUGUCUUUAAUCCUGCCCCUGAUUUUAAAUUUAUUAACUAUAGUUUAAUCACAUCAUUAUUAUUAGUGUUGCCUUUUAUUCCUCUCUUGAAACAGGUUACAGUGUAUCAUGAUUUUUAUCCUGCCCAUUCCACUAUUAAUUUUGAUUCAUACAUAAAUAAUAUUACCAACAAAUUAUUUUUUUUCUUGUGAGUUGUGACCAGUGUUACACAUGUUUCUUACCUGUCAAUAUGACUCACGAAAUCAUAAUGACACGAUUGCAAACAAACCAUACCACAGGCGGGGAUAGAACCGGCGAUCAGAGACUCUCUGAUCGCUGGUUCUAUCCCCGCCCGUGGUAUGGUUUACCUGUCAAUACUUUAACAGCUUAAACUGCUUUAUAACCAUGUAUUUUAUAGCAUUGUGUUAAUGUUAGUUUAAGUCUGCUCGAAAUGCUGUGUAUAAAUGGGUUUCUUGACUAUCUCCUGCUAAGACAGGGUGACCCAAAGAAGAAAACAGCCAUCGUUCAUUCAGUAGCUGUACUCGCUUAUUUGUGGUUGCAACGAUUGAGGCUCAGCUCCUGGCCAUGCUGUUUUGCCUUAAGUGUGCUGACAUCUUAAUUCAGAUUACCCUCCAAUUGCAACAUCCCCACAGAUUUUAUUAUAAUUAUUAUUAUAAAACACCUCAAUUACUGGGAGCGCUUGAGGUUUCUAAACCUGUAUUCCCUGGAACGCAGGAGGGAGAGAUACAUGAUUAUAUACACCUGGAAAAUCCUAGAGGGACUAGUACCGAACUUGCACACGAAAAUCACUCACUAGGAAAGCAAAAGACUUGGCAGACGAUGCACCAUCCCCCCAAUGAAAAGCAGGGGUGUCACUAGCACGUUAAGAGACCAUACAAUAAGUGUCAGGGGCCCGAGACUGUUCAACUGCCUCCCAGCACACAUAAGGGGGAUUACCAACAGACCCCUGGCAGUCUUCAAGCAGGCACUGGACAAGCACCUAAAGUCAGUUCCUGAUCAGCCGGGCUGUGGCUCGUACGUUGGUUUGCGUGCAGCCAGCAGCAACAGCCUGGUUGAUCAGGCGCUGAUCCACCAGGAGGCCUGGUCACAGACCGGGCCGCGGGGGCGUUGACCCCCGAAACUCUCUCCAGGUAAACUCCAGGUAUGGUAUUAUUAUUAUUAGUAGCAGUAGUAUUAAAUUUAAAUUAGUAUAUGGACUAGUUGCCUGAAAAGGUUAGGGUGAAGGGAUGAAAAGCAAGGCCUAGUUAGUGGUGUAUUAGGCAUGUAGUAUAUAACAAUGAUCCUAAACACUGAUGCAAUGUACAUAGUGAGGUCGAGACAUCCACACGAUGUUCUAAAAAGUUUCACUUAUAAAUACUGAAGACUUUUAGGGCUAAACAUUUUAUCUAACAAAAUAGUUGUUUGUUUAUCAUUUGCAAGGGUCAUAAUUUUUUUAGUUAUUUAAACUGAUGUCACCCUUGUUUCUGACAUAUGUAUAUUACACUAAGUAAUAUACCAAUAAAGCAGUGACAUCAGACUGUCGGGUUUAUUUCUAUUGAGAACCCUUUAGUCCUUUACCUAGGAUGUAACCCCACACCAGUUGGCUAACACCCAGGUGUUAGCCAACUGGUGCUAGAUGAACAGGGGCAACUGGUGUAAGUAAUUAUACCGAACAUUUUUGGUCCUCCAGGGAUCAGUGUGAGGCAGCUAUCUUGCUGUUCAAUUUUUUUAAAGUAUUCAUUAAUUAAUAUAUUACAAUCUACUGCUUAACUGAAAAUACCUGUUUACCUGUAUCUGUUUACAUGUACUUUUAUAUUUAAUUAUAUUUUUAUGCUAUAGUAUUUAAUAUUCUUAUAUUUAAUAUUCUUUUAUGUUUAAUAUUCUUUUAUAUUUAAUAUUCUUAUGCUAUAGUAUUUAAUAUUCUAUUAUAUUUAAUAAACUUAUGCUAUA